CACCACACAGGACAGGACAGCAUUAAUCAAUUAAUUAACUCGAACAUGCCAACAGAGUGACCACGAAGCGACGGAAAGAAUUUGGGCUAAUCAACAUAUCGCAGUGCGCCGUAUGCGCAACCAAAUGUUUGUUUUGGCGAAGCAGCCAACGAGAACGCAUCAUCAUUGAGUUAAAUUGGUCCAAAGUGCAGCCUACGGGUCUUGGGUAAAAACUAAGCCCCCCUCACUGAAACGGUCCCGUGGCCCGAGUGAUGAGGACUGAUCCAGCACUUCCGUUAAUCUGCGCACUUUUGAGUGGAUUAGUGCUCCCCCAGUGAGCAGCGAUCGCUAGUAAAUAGGUGGUUCCGGUGUGUGGAGCACGACGACGGAAUUUUACCGGUCUCCCCAGCAGUAGGUGGCCCGUGCGAUCCGAUCCACCCCUUCGCGAGAGUGCUUUCGUUGGGCUGCAGGUUGAUUUUAUCGAGGUCCCCUCGCCGAGACGACGACUGUAAACGACGCGUUUGAAUUGUUUAUUGGCACAAUCACCCAAGUUCCCGGUUCGGUUCCCGGUAGUGCCGUGCGGUACAGUGGACAACUUUAAUCUAGGGAUUCAGGGCACGGCUCUAGCGCCAAGUGACUGUUGGCCAAACACUGCGCGCGUCCUGCGAGCCUCUGAUCGGAGCCGCAAUCCGCCGCGCCACAAAGGGAAGUGCUCGAUUGUGCAAAUUGUUGUCAUCGUCCGUCAAUGUGCCCGUGGCCCACAGCAAUCAGCAAUAGAGAAAGCAGCAGAGAGUCGCGCAGUGCAACAGGGUGUGUUUGUGCAGUGAUAACGAAGAUUUCCGACAAGUGGUCGAGUGAUUUGUGAUUGGCCCUUUUUUGUGCUGCCGGCACAGAAUCUGCGCAGCAUCGUGUAGGACACACAAAAAAGCCGGGAGCAAAUCCGCACGGCACCAGGACGACUAUGGUGUAACAGAACUGGCCAACCAAGACCAACUCGCCUGCAAGUGUCGCUCCCCAGGACCCCGGGUGUGUGUGGAAACAACAGUGUGAGAGCGGUUCCCCGACCAUGGCCGACGUCGAAUCGCAGAAGAUAUGCGGCAAAGCCAAACCGAGGAUCACGGUCCCGAUGGCCAUCGAUGGAUUGAUACUGACACUAGUUGCCUGCUUUCUGAUACUGACCGAGCUUGGGUUGCUGCCACAAGUAGUGAAGCGCGGCUACUACUGCAACGAUCAAUCGAUCCAGCAUGAGUACAAGGGUGAUACGAUUACGACCGUCACCAUUCUGCUGAGCGGGCUCGUUCCCGUGCUGCUGAUAUGGCUAACAGAAGCGUUCCUGUACACGCCAUCGAUCAACUGCAGCAAAACCGAACCCGGCUCGCGGUGCCGUGGGGCAUUGCUUGAGGCGUGGUACUGGACCAAAAAGUACGGCCGAGGACUUGUUACGAUGCUAGUCAUCAUCGGCACCAUAAAGAUUUUCCUGGGAGAGCUACGGCCACACUUCCUGUACACCUGCAAACCGGAUGUCAACUGCCAGGGCAACGAAUACAUCACCUCGUACACCUGCACCAAUCGCGAGGAAAGCCAUUACUUUGUGCGCGACGCCAGCAAAUCCUUUCCUUCGGGCCAUUCGGCGAUGAGUGUGUUCGAGGCGAUCUUCAUGAUCUGGUACCUGGAGAAGCGUGUGCCGCGUCUACGCUCCGUACUCACCGUACCGCUCUGUCAGAUGGUGCUAAUGUGCUGGGCCGUCUUCUGUUCCCUGUCCCGGAUCACCGAUAAUCGGCAUCACUGGUGGGACGUGCUGGCCGGCUCGAUAGCGGGUGCAUUGGCAGCCAUCAUUACGUGUCUUUUCGCCUGCCGCAAUUUCGAUGCCAGCAAGCGAAAGCGAAAGCCCUCCCUGUGCAGGGAUCACGAUCACAAGCUGAUCACCAGCAAUAGCACCAACACGCCCGGUGGGACACCGCUGCACAAGGAGGAGAUCAUACUGAACAACGUGAUUCACGCCUGACGAGCGUGCACCACACCGGAGGCGGCAUGGCGCCGAAGUGGCGCUGAAGGAAAACGGGCUCCGUACGUGGCCUUCCCUUUGUGCCACUUUCCUAUUCCACAGAAUCAGUAUUUUGUGUUAGGUAUUGUAGUGAAGUUUUAAAUUACGACAAAGUUUUAUACACUAUACGAGAGGGGCUACUGAUCCGCAACCGCUGCGAUGCUCGGUGGCCGACAGACGGUUGGAUUCACCGUGGAAAACAAAAAUAGUAAACCGCAAACCACAAUCGGAGCUAGAGCGAGGCAGAGAGCGGGGUCGCCAGCUUCUGGCAACUAUUGCUACCGAUAGGUUACACUCACACUGGAGACCGGUAGGUGAAAGGACAGAAUUGUGAUAUUAUUCCUUAAGCCGUUCUUGGUUCGUCAAAAGACGGUAUUUUUAAAACUCAAACCAAACGCCGCUGAGCGUUCACGGGUAAGGCACCACCUUCCUAGUCCGCGAAGGCAAUCGAUGUAUUGAAACGUGCGCGUACGUUGAAGCAAGAAGUGCCUCUCCGAUUUCAGCAGAAUUAUCACCAAGUCAUAGCCGAAAGCUUACAAGAUAGCAUUAGGGAGCUUUUCGUUGAUAAAAAGAUUCGGGCUGCGGCAGUGAGCAGUGAGUUUACGAAUGGUCGAAUGUUCAAAUACAACUAUUUAAACGUAGCGGGAAUUAGGGGUGUUGGUGUAAGGAGAAAAAAAUAUAUUGUAUUAUUUAUAAAU